GUUAGAUUCUCUCGAUUUAUUUGCCCCCAAGAACGCAGAGCAUUCCGUCAUCGUUCCUUGAAAUUGAAUUAAAGAAAAAAUUCCUGAUUCGGCGGAAGAAGCCAUGUACAGUACAUAUUUUAAAGUUGGUCAAUCCCUUGUCGCGUGGGAGGAUUUCCGUUCAAACCCUCUCGUGGUGAGGAGAUUCUCAGCGUUCCCGCUUUGGGGCCUUCCAUGAUCUCCGACUCGUUAUUCCAGGAAUUCCCGCAUUAAUCUCCACAUGUUAACAGAAAAUUUUCUCCCCGUAAUAAUAAUUUUCGAGUUUUCCCUUCUUUCGAAUUGAGUAUUAAUGACAAUAUGACCGGAUCGAAUUCGAUGCAUUCGUUGGGGGCUCGAAAUUGCCUGUUGAUCCGCAACCUUGUUCAUCAUUUAACGGCUGACGAUCUCUUCAAGGAAUUAACUCAAGUGAUCGAUGGUUUGUCGAGCGUGCUGGUUCGCAACUCCACGGUGGGAAUCGCACGGCUUUAUUACCUUGAUUUCGAAACCUUCGAAGCAGCUGCUUUGGCGAAGAAAAACUUGAGUCUAGCAGAGCUACCGUUCUGUGAUGGGAAGGUUAUCGUCGAAUGGGCUGAAGAAUUCAAUGUCGGCUUAUCGACUGAGACAGCUGUCGAUACUGAGGAUUACUUGAAAAGCACCUCCCCAAUCGGAUCACAAUCGCUGAUACUUCAAGUUGGGGAGUAUUCUGAGUAUGAACGGUUUCCUGAUAUGCCCAUCGAUUUUGGCACCUGCUGGCCCGUUUCGCGCGCGAAACCAAUUCCACAUCAAAAAAUUCGCAUGAUUCCUGUGCCCGGACAACGUUGCCCGAAUGCUGACACACCUAGCAGUUUUCCCCAUCGUACCAAUGUUCGCAUCGAUUCCGACGAACCCGAUGAGAGCACUGAUGAAGACGAGCUUUCAUUCAUGCGUGAACGAGAAGAGUUUUUGCAAUCUCUGAAGGAAAAUGCGCUGCAGAAGAAAAGCGGCGAAGCUGUCGAAUUUUUAGCGAGUUAACGGUAGUUUGCUCUUACGUGCGUUCUUUUGCAACAUCGUGCAGAAUUUCUGUCAUUUUUUUCUCCGGCUUCUAAGCAAUUUUUUGUUAUAAGAAUACAUAUUUCGAUGAGUGUUGA